AACAGGAUCUCAUUAGUGUUAAGGAUUAGAUUAGUGUGUAUGGCAGCAUUUUGCUGCAUCCCUUUUAGCUUGACUGCUGAUUUAAAAUUUUCCUGAAGCAAAGUCAUGGGAGAGAUCUUUGUCAUUGCAGACCAUCCCCCAUGUUACUGCCUCUUAUUGCCCAGUGACCCGAAUGGUUCGUCCAGUGUGAAUGUUCCACAGCCAUCUUAAUCAAAUGGGGAAAAAUAGACUACAGUAAAGCUCAAGUAGCGUUCUGUCUGGCCCUGUCAUGGUCCACUUUCUCCAUCGUAUGGAUUCCGUCCAGAAAUGGCACCGCUCUCAGAAGGUCACAGCCAGACUGUCCAGUCAGCUGCCAAUGACAUUCUGUCGUCUUAUUGGCCAGUCUCUGAGCUCCCCCUCCCUCUGCACUUUUUCUCUCCUCCAUGUAAACGUGCAGGAAGCUAAUAAUGCUCCUCCUCCUCCAUGCAAGACUGUGCUCCCUGAGGAUGUUCAUUUGCUGUUCCUCUCACUUGUAACUGCUUUAGCUUUUUUCCUUCCCCUCAAUCCAUCAGGUGACGUAGAGCACCCACGCUGAGGAUGAGACAGAGAGAGACUCAACCCAACUCCUGUAUGACGAAGCCCAUGUGACAAACACCACGCGCUGCAACAGCUUUAUCGUCCCCUCCCUUCCUCCCCUCACAUCUCUCCUCCUCUUCCCUCGUUCUCCUCACAACUCACUGCGUUGUGCUCACUGUGCCGUUCUUCACCUCUCUUUUGGGAAUGAGGCAGUUGUCUGGUGUCUUGUGUGAUGGAGAAGAUUUAACUAAAAGAGCCAAAAGCUUGCACUUUCUAUUCACGCAGCAUGGCUCCUGCGAGGCCUCUGUGUAAACAUCUCCACCGUGACUAACUGAGCUGAGAGGUCGCUGGUUAAGAAGGAGAACGACGGAGCUUGGAAGAGUGGUAGGAAGGUGAAGAGACAGAUUGUUCCUUCAAUCAAGUGAAGCAGAAGAAGAACAUCACUGAGAGACAGCGGAAUACUGAAGCUGUGGUGACGGAGAGGGGGGCGUGUGGAAAACUCGCUGGAUGAAGGAAGCAGACUGGCUGUCCCUUCCCUGGCGUGAUGGAGUGAGACGAGGAAUGAGGGUGGAUGGUGAGAGCGGGCAGCAGCAGCAGCAGUGGAGGGGCAGGAGGAGGAGGAGGUGCGGGGGGAGGUGGUGGAGCAGGAGGUGGCCGGAGAGGCAGGAGCAAGUAUCGCUCGCGGAGGCGAGUCUCCAGUUCUUCGCUGGCUGAGCGGCUUAGCUGCCAUAGUGGCGAGAAAAUGUCACCCAGCAUUAAGAAGUUGGACUGUUUCUCGCCCAUGCUGUGCCACUGCAAAGUGGCCUGUACGAACAGCACCAUCUCGCUCAUGUUUGGAUGCAAGAAGUACAGACACCAUGAUGAAGACACAGGAUCUCCACAGGAGCAGAGCUCGCCCCAGUUCACUGAUGAGGCUCCUGGGCCAGAGCUGGUUCAAGUGGCUGAGAAGAACCUCUCCCAGAUUGAAAAUGUCCACGGUUAUGUGGCACAUGCACACAUCUCUCCAAUGAAGGUUGAGUCGCUGGAAUGCAUCUUCGAUGGGCCAUCAACUGUAGGGAACGAGGAGAGUCCUCCGCCUCCUACUACUCCACUCUCCAACCCGUACCCUCAAAGUCCUGUGACCGUCCAGCAGACAGAUGCUGUACCACCCUCCACUCUCAUAAUCCCUGUGAUCCCAAUCUCCACUGUCCCUGCGGAGCCCGCUGUCAUCUCUUCAUCAACGUCACAGGCAAAUCCUCCCCCUGUCGUGGUAAAUACAGAGAGCUUGGAUUCAGCUCCAUAUGUUAAUGGUACCGAGGCUGACUUUGAGUAUGAGGAGAUUACACUGGAAAGGGGGAAUUCAGGCCUGGGCUUCAGUAUUGCCGGUGGCACAGAUAAUCCUCACAUUGGUGAAGACCCCAGCAUUUUUAUCACCAAAGUCAUUCCAGGGGGUGCUGCCGCUCAGGACGGGAGAUUGCGGGUGAAUGACGUGAUUCUGCGAGUGAAUGAUGUUGAUGUUCGGGAUGUGACUCACAGUAAGGCUGUGGAGGCAUUGAAGGAAGCGGGGUCCCUGGUCAGACUAUAUGUUAGGAGAAGAAAGUCUGCUUCAGAGAAACUCAUGGAGAUCAAGCUUAUCAAAGGACCCAAAGGUCUGGGCUUCAGUAUAGCAGGGGGUGUUGGGAAUCAGCACAUCCCAGGAGACAAUAGCAUCUACGUCACUAAGAUUAUUGAAGGUGGAGCUGCACACAAAGAUGGGAGGCUGCAGAUAGGAGACAAACUUCUUGCUGUAAAUAGCUCCUGCCUGGAGGAAGUUACCCAUGAGCAUGCCGUGACUGCCUUGAAAAAUACCCCAGACGUGGUCUACUUGAAAGUGGCUAAACCCAAUAGUGUCUUCAUGAAUGACAGUUUUGCCCCUCCUGACAUCACCAACUCCUAUUCGCAACACAUGGAAAACCAUAUCAGCCCUCCAAGCUAUCUGAGCCAGCCGCUGCCUCCGGUGCAUUCUGGACGCUACUCCCCAACCCCGAAAACCAUGGUGGGGGAUGAUGAUGUAACCAGGGAAGCCAGGAAGGUGGUGUUGCAUCGAGGCUCUACAGGGCUUGGCUUCAACAUAGUGGGUGGAGAGGACGGAGAGGGCAUAUUUAUUUCCUUCAUCCUGGCCGGAGGCCCUGCAGACCUCUGUGGAGAAUUGAGGAAAGGAGACCGCUUGGUGUCUGUGAAUGGAAUAGACUUACGCGGUGCCACUCAUGAACAGGCCGCUGCAACCCUGAAGAACGCCGGACAAACAGUCACCAUCGUUGCCCAGUACAGACCAGAGGAGUACAGCCGUUUUGAAGCCAAGAUCCAUGACCUAAGAGAGCAGAUGAUGAACAGCAGCAUCAGCUCAGGCUCAGGGUCCCUGAGGACCAGUCAGAAGAGAUCACUAUACGUCAGGGCACUGUUUGAUUAUGAUAAAACUAAGGAUUCUGGGCUGCCCAGCCAAGGCCUGAACUUCAAAUUUGGGGACAUACUGCACGUGGUGAAUGCUUCAGAUGAUGAGUGGUGGCAGGCACGGCAGGUCACUCCUCAAGGAGAGGUGGAGGAAAUGGGUGUUAUCCCCAGCAAGAGAAGAGUGGAAAAGAAGGAGAGAGCAAGGUUAAAGACAGUUAAGUUCAACCCAAAGUCGCGAGAAAAAGGGUCCCUCAAUGACAAGCGUAAAAAGAAUCUGUUUUCCCGCAAGUUCCCUUUCUACAAGAACAAGGAGGCGAGUGAGCAGGAAACAAGCGAUGUGGACCAGCAUGUCACCUCUAAUGCCAGUGAUAGUGAGAGUAGUUACCGUGGUCAAGAGGAAUAUGUGCUGUCUUAUGAGCCAGUCUGUCAGCAGGAAGUGAACUACUCACGACCAGUUAUUAUCUUGGGUCCGAUGAAAGACAGAGUAAACGAUGACCUGAUUUCAGAGUUCCCUGACAAAUUUGGUUCCUGUGUUCCUCAUACAACGAGGCCGAAGCGAGAUUAUGAGGUGGACGGGAGAGACUACCACUUUGUUGUGUCCAGAGAGCAGAUGGAGAAAGAUAUACAGGAGCACAAGUUCAUCGAGGCAGGCCAGUACAACAGUCACCUGUAUGGAACCAGUGUGCAGUCUGUCAGAGAGGUGGCAGAAAAGGGCAAACAUUGCAUUCUAGAUGUAUCAGGCAAUGCCAUAAAGAGACUGCAAGUUGCUGUGCUUUUCCCCAUCGCUAUUUUCAUCAAACCAAAAUCAAUGGAGAACAUCAUGGAGAUGAAUAAAAGACUGACAGAGGAACAAGGCAGGAAGACAUACGACAGAGCCAUGAAGUUGGAACAGGAGUUCAUGGAGCACUUCACAGCUAUUGUUCAGGGGGACACUUUGGAAGAGAUCUACGAUCAAGUCAAGCAGAUAAUUGAGGAACAGUCUGGGCCAUACAUAUGGGUACAGUCCAAGGAGAAACUAUGAACGCCUUCAGGAGUUUAUCAUCCCCCUUUCUCUGCCUGGUUUAUUUAUUGAUUCUGUAUUUUUUUUUUCAUUUUGGUAAUCUCAGUUGGGCUUCUCCAGCUGACAGAAUUCACUCAACAGAUUAAUUCCUUAAUCCAGCAUACUUCAAUCUCUGUUCAGUCCUAUAUCUUCACCUCCUACUUCUAGUUCCUCAGUAGCUAUUUCAAGAGAAGAUGAUCUGUCCUCCUCAGAUCUUUACUGCUUCCAUGCUUACAGAAAGCAAAGCUAUGCCGGACCAGCAUGUUUACCAGGGGUUUGGAAACGGUACAGUUCCUUAAUGUUUAAGGGAUGUUACUUUGUAAGGACAAAGACAGCGAUCUGGAUUUUCUGACAAGUCUCUUUUCAUUUUAUCCAUUCUAUUGUUUUUUUUUUGUUGUUGUUGUUGUUUUUUGUGGAAAUGGUAACAUGGAGCUCAAGUCUCAGGCAUCGGAUUCAUUAAAAUGAUGAGAAAUACACAAAAAAGCAAAACUUUGCACGUUGUAGCUUCAAAGACCAGGUGUUCUUCAGCCCUUCUUUCUCAUUGUUCAUUUCCACCAUAGUCCCGUAUAUUCCACACGUUGUUGAUUUUUACCUCUCCCUUGACUGUUGUAUUGGCAUGCUUAUUGUUCUCCUCAUUCUGAUUGUCUGCGUUAUGGAGCCAUUGUGUUUAGAUGAUGUCCCGCUGCACCGAUGUGAGAUGUGUGCCGCCACUGUUAGAAUGUCGGAGUCUACAAUCAGUGUCUUACACGGAGUAUGUUUUCAACACUUUGAUUUACAUUUAGGAAAGUCUGCCAUUUGUAAGGAACUGAUAUUUUUAAGAGGCAAUAAAAUGCCACCGCAUAUGUGGAAGAAAUUUAUUGUACAAUGAGAUCUUAACAGAUAUUUAACCCUCCAUAAACUGCCUAUUUUGUUAUAAUAAAAGUCUAUAUUGAGCUUUACUUAAGCACUAUUAUGAUGGGAGUUAUUUUCUUGACAUCGUAAAAUGUAUAUUACAGCAAGAGAUUUAAAUGAAAUAGUAUGAAUAUAUUUUUCCCCUUUUUCUGUUACCACCCUUUAUUUUCCUAAACUGAAACAAAUGACAAGAUGCAGAGCAGUAAGAGGAAUGUGAAGAAAACAGCCUAGCAGAUGGUUAAUAUGCUAUUUGAAGCUAGUUCUGUCUCUUCCUCCCCUCUGCUCACCAUUUCAACAUCAUCUGCUCCAAGUGUGCUACAUCAGAGUCAUCAUGUGUGGAGAAGAACGUUCCAUCCGUCCCCCUCUCAGACACAAACCGUCUCAAAGGACUGACAAAGCUUUGGCGCAGGGCUGAUGUUAUCCAGCUAGAAGCUCCACAGAGACUCCUUUUUUCUAAACCCGUCCUGGAGAGGGGGUCUUGCCUGCUCUUCCUAUGACAUGAUUGUUUUGUAUACCAAGACUGCUUGUUCUACCACCUCACCACCUCUGCUUUUUGGGGACAUUUUGGGACUGGAAAAAAGAAACAUGUAAAUAACCUACUGAUCUGAUUCAUUCCAUUGAUCAAAACGAACAAGAGAAUGGCUAAUUCAAGAAAAAUAAAACAAAAUCUUUCUCAUACA